AUGGGCAUGGCAUGGCGCUUGUUCCCUGGAUCCUGGAUGGAUGCUCUAAUAAUGAUUCAUGGUAAGCUCAUCGCCCUAUUGGUUUGCUUUCAGCCCGACGCGGGCUCGGGGGGUGGCAUGACUGACUCACUUUCGGCUUACGGAGCCGCCUUCGUCUUAUACAUCGUUCGGCCGUUCUACUAUGAGUACACGAGCUCGCCUUCAUCUGAAUCAGCAUGGAUUAGCAGCUUUAUUGUGAUUGAUAAUUCGAGUCCCGUUCCUCCAGCCUUCUGUAGGUCACUUGAACCCCCGGUGGAUCCGGUCCGCCCAUCAUCGCUCUCCUUGAUCCUUCAAGUUCGGAGAGUUUCGACGGUCAACAUUCUCUUAUCAAUGUUUGGAAUCAGCACGAGCAUGGGCGUCAGCAUCAACGCCCGCCAUGGUCCAUCGACGCCGUUGAUAGUAUACAGUCUGGUUGCAGAACAUCGAUCGAUGUAA